UGUUUGAAAUUUGAAAUAAACAUGGUCGAUGAGACUUGAGCUGAGGACUUGAGAGUAUUAAGUGCACUAUCCGUAUUAUUUUGUUUAAAUUGCAUUGAUUAUAAGUUGCAUUUAUAUGAAUGAUUUAUAAAUAACCGUCGUGUAAAGAGAAAUUUAUAAUUUAUUUGUUUUAAAGUGUUUAUGUAGACUGUAGACUUACUAUGGCUGAAGAAAACAAGGUUAUGUUCCAUGAGAUGGAGAUAGAUGAUCGUAUAUUAAAGGCAAUUUCACAACUUGGUUGGUCAAACCCAACACUGAUCCAAGAGACAGCAAUACCACUUCUUCUGGAAGGCAAAGAUGUCCUCAUGCGGGCUAGAACCGGUUCAGGCAAAACUGCGGCAUUCACAAUACCUGUGCUACAAAAGAUUUUAAAUUUAAAAAACACAAGCACACACCAGUGUAUCAGAGCAUUAAUUUUAUCACCAAGCAAAGAGUUAUGUGGUCAGAUCACAUCAGUAGUUUCAGAUCUCACACUAAAAUGUUCAAGAGAAGUGCGAUGUAUAGACAUAUCCUCAAAUGCCAACACACAAGUCCAGAAGUCCCUUCUAGCAGACAAACCAGAUAUAGUUGUAGCGACACCUGCGAGGGCGCUGGCACAUUUGAAAGCAAAUAAUAUGAAAUUAAAGGAUGACCUGGCUAUGUUGGUGGUGGACGAAGCUGACCUGGUGUUCUCUUUUGGCUAUGAAGAUGAGGUGAAAGAGCUUUUGGGACAUUUACCAAAAAUCUAUCAAGCAGUGUUAGCCUCUGCCACAUUAUCAGAGGAUGUGUUAAAUCUAAAAAAGAUAGUUCUCAGAAACCCUGUGACACUCAAACUAGAAGAGCCAGACCUUGCACCAUCCACACAGUUACAGCAUUACCACUUAUUUGCUGAAGAAGACGACAAAGCAGCAAUAUUGUAUGCGCUGCUUAAACUUAACUUGAUCAGAGGCAAGAGUAUAAUCUUUGUGAGGACUGUAGAUAGAUGCUAUAAAUUAAAAUUAUAUUUAGAACAGUUCAAAAUAGGGUCAUGUGUACUAAAUUCUGAGCUACCUGCGGCAAUCCGAUGUCUGUCUGUGGACCAGUUCAACCGAGGCCGCUAUCAGAUCAUUGUGGCAUCUGAUGAGAAGGCGCUGGAGCAACCUGAUGGUGGUCUACUCGCUGGAGAGGAGAUUGGCAAGAAGAAACGACAAAAAUCAAAACGCAAGAAAGACAAAGAAUCCGGUGUGUCGCGCGGCAUCGACUUCCAGCACGUGUCCAAUGUGAUCAACUUUGACUUCCCACUUGACGUCAACUCUUAUGUGCACAGAGCGGGGAGGACGGCCAGGGGGAAUAAUCAGGGAUCUGUAUUGUCGUUUGUAUCAAUCAGAGAGAAACCAUUGUUAGAGGAAGUUGAAGCACAUUUAUCAAAAGGUUUCAAUGGACAAAAAGUAUUGCAAAAGUACUCGUUCGCUCUGGAGGAGGUGGAGGGGUUCCGGUACCGGUCGCGCGACGCGUGGCGCGCCGUGACGCGCAUCGCCGUGCGCGAGGCGCGCCUGCACGAGAUCAAGCGGGAGCUGCUCAACUGCUCCAAGCUGCAGGGUUUCUUCGAAGACAACCCACUGGAGCUGCAAGCAAUCAAGCGAGAUAAAGCACUACACACAGUGCGAGUUCAAGAACAACUAGCUCAUGUUCCGGAGUACUUACUACCGGCUGCUUUACGGGAAACUGAGUUAGAGCCGAGUGCGGAUGCGCCUGCGCCCGCGCAAGUUACGAGGAAGAGGAAGCAGGGGAACUUUGGCAGUGCGAAGAGACAUAAGUAUCAGGCGCGGCAAAGCAACCCGCUGCAAAGUUUCGAACUGAAGAACUUAAAACCUGCUGCCGACUCGUAGUUGUACAGAGCGGCGCGUCGCUUCUCGGUUAGUAGCAGUAGGAAAGGGACAUGUAAAAGCUGCUCAAGGAUUGGUAUCGUGGUUGUCUGCGCCGGAGUGGUCGUGUGCGAGCGGCGCGGUGUUGCUGCAUGGACAACGAGUUUUCUGUAAUAUAUUGUAUAACUGUA